AUGAUCCAUUACGGAUGUAUUUACACCUCAUCUCGCGUGAAUUUUACAAAAUCAAUCAAUACAGCUUAUGGCCCAUUUGAAAAUGGUCUAAUUAUCAAGUUCUUUAGAGGAAAUAUUACGACACUUCAAUGGUGGUGGAAUUAUGAAAUUCCAGGCCAUCAUAUCUUCCUUGCCCACAGAAUUAAUAGAUAUUUAGAUCCACAAGUAGUUUCUAUCAGAAUUCCUGAAGCACAUUCUCCAUGGAUUGAUAAAUCUUCCACUUCUUCUUUGAUGUGGAUUAAUGAAGCGACAGAACUAUAUAAUUCCAUUGGAGAAAAACUUCCAACAGCAUCAUUAGAUAUAAUUAAUGCGAAGAAGCUUGAUAUUCCUGUACAAAAGACCAAGAAAAAACCAUUUUUCUUAAAACUAUUUAAAGAUGAUCCAAAUGUUCAACCAUCUCGCUUUUACCUUGAAUUUCAUGAGAUAACAGAUCAACAGUUCUAUCUUCAGUGCGUAUUGAUAAUAUUAUCUUCAAUUGGAUUUGUUGCUUACGCAUUAACUGCUUCUAAUAGGAGGCAGCCAUGGCCAAUCUUUUCUCUUAGCUUUUGA